GCUGCAGGGACGGGACGGGGCGGCGCGGGCGGCAGAGAGCAGAGCCGGACCCAACGGAACGGAACGGAACGGGUGCUAUGGGGUGCGCGGCUCUGCUGUGGGGCUGGCUCCUGCUUGGCUGCAGCUGGGGCCCGGGGCUCCCCGCGGUCGGUGCCGCUGCGCUCUCGACGACCUACGUGCUGGACGAUGCCGGCGGGCUGGGCAGGCAGUUCGAUGGGAUCGGGGCUGUCAGCGGCGGCGGGGCCACAUCUAGACUCCUGGUGAACUACCAAGAACCCUAUCGCUCCCAGAUUUUAGAUUACCUGUUCAAGCCAAAUUUUGGUGCUUCUUUACAUAUCCUCAAAGUAGAGAUCGGAGGUGAUGGGCAAUCAACAGAUGGUACUGAACCCUCCCACAUGCACUAUGCAAAUGAUGAGAACUACUUCCGGGGCUAUGAAUGGUGGCUGAUGAAAGAAGCUAAAAAGAGGAACCCCAAAAUUAAACUGAUUGGAUUACCUUGGACGUUUCCAGCAUGGAUAGGAAAGGGUGAAAACUGGCCCUAUGACUAUCCAGAUGUCACUGCUUACUAUAUUGUUUCUUGGAUAUUGGGAGCUAAACAAUAUCAUGAUUUGGACAUUGAUUACGUUGGGAUAUGGAAUGAAAGGGCAUUUAGUAGCAAAUAUAUUAAGCUGUUGAGAUACACAUUGGAUAAGCACGAUCUGCAGCAGGUGAGGAUCAUAGCCAGCGAUAGACUGUGGGAGCCCAUUUCCUUUGUCUUGCUGCUUGACUCUGAACUCCAUGGAGUGGUCGAUGUGAUUGGGGCUCACUAUCCUGGAACAAAAACAGUGCCAAAUGCCUUAUUAACUAAGAAGAAACUGUGGUCUUCUGAAGAUUACAGUACUUUCAAUGAUGAAGUAGGUGCAGGCUGCUGGGCUCGGAUCCUGAACCAAAACUACGUGAACGGAAACAUGACCUCAACCAUUGCAUGGAACUUGGUGGCUAGUUAUUAUGAAGAGUUGCCCUUUGGUCGAUGUGGAUUAAUGACAGCUCAAGAGCCAUGGAGUGGCCACUACAAAGUAGAAGCUCCUAUCUGGAUUACAGCACACACAACACAAUUUACUCAGCCAGGCUGGUCAUACUUGCAAGUGGAUGGACACUUAGAAGGAGGUGGCAGUUUUGUAGCUCUGACAGAUGGCCUAGGAAACCUUACCAUUAUCAUUGAAACUAUGACGCAUAAUCAUUCUCAGUGUAUCAGGCCUCCACUACCUCAUUUCAGUGUGACACCUCAGAGAGCAACUUUCAACCUCAAAGGGUCAUUUUAUAUGGUGGAAACCCUUCAAGUGUGGCAUUCUAGACUUGGUUUUGAAUCUGGAAACUCUAGUCUUUUCCAGCAACUCCAUCCUGUAAAGGUGUGGAAGGGAAGUUUUUCUUUAGAUCUAAAUAUGAAUGAAGUCUACACUUUAACCACACUCAAGACAGGGCAGAAAUGUGGUUACCCAGAGCCUCCACCACCUCAGCCCUUCCCUUCAAAUUACAAAGAUGAUUUCAAUAUUCGUAAUCCACCUUUCAGUGAAGCCCCCAAUUUUGCAGAUCAGACAGGUGUAUUUGAAUACUUCAUAAAUGCUUCUGACCCAGGAGAUCAUGUGUUCACGCUCCGUCAGGUGGUGGUUCAGCGACCCAUCACUUGGGCAUCUGAUGCAGACCAGACCAUCAGUCUCAUAGGAAAUUUUCAGUGGGUAAACAUGACGGUCACUUGUGACAUCUACAUAGAAAAACAACAUGAUGGAGGUGUGUUUAUUGCAGGAAGAGUCGACAGUGGUGGGAUAUAUGUUCGACGUACCAAGGGAGUUUUCUUCUGGGUUUUUGCAGAUGGCACCUACAGAGUCACUGGUGACCUAGCUGGAGAAGAAAUACUAAUGAAAGGACUUUCUGGUGUUCGGGAUAAUGCGUGGCACACACUUACUCUCAACAUUCAGGGCACUUCUACCUCAGGACUGUUAAAUGGUUAUCCACUCUGGGAGAAUGUCACCAUUUCUGAACCAAGUAACGGCUGGGCUGCUAUUGGAACUCGCUCAUUUGAGUUUGCACAGUUUGACAAUUUUCAUGUUGAAGCUAGCUGAGAUAACUUUUGUGUUGGGAGUACCCAAUUCUCAUAUUACUUCGAAUAAGAGCCAGUUCAAACUUUGAGGACAAUUUGAUGCUAUGCUGAGAUUGAUCUGCUGGCAAGGAACCUGAAUUCUGUCAUUAUUAUUUGUUAAAGGUUUAUUUUAGUAAGUAUCAACAUGACUGUGAAUUUAUCCCCUGGUUGCUAUGGGAUUUUGGUCUUCAAUUUUUGGGGGUAAAUUUUAGUUCAAGGUAAUGAUGAAAAUAAAAUAAUGGAUUUCUAUCUCUUUUCAUAACAACAUUUUAACUUCCUAGCUCACCUCUAAGAUAACUUCAGAAGUUAACAGAAGACAGAGGCAUCUCAAGCUGCAUUUUUAACAUUUAUGUGAUUGUGUCCAUUCCUUUCACUCUGAUAGAAAGAAUUAAAUGCCAGUAAGCCUUACUGAGCCAGUGCUACAUGCUUCUGUAGGUCUGUCAUUCUCAGAUUUCAUUUGGAUGAAGUACCUAGUUUUCCUGUAGUU